AUGGACGUACAGAGAAGCGAGAGCCCAAGUAUGGGCGAAAAAAUAUUUAGGAUGGUAACACCACCAGCAAAGAGGGAGGCCCGCCGGACAUUGAAAUCGACCUCCUUAGGAAUGGCUGCAAGGUACCGACUCUCCAGUAAUUCUUCCGUUCCCUCCAGUUCUUCCACCCCCUCCAAACAACCACCAAACAAAGUGACCAGAAUAAGAAAAGCGGAAAUAGACCUUCAGGUCCAGCAGGAAAUGGAACAAAUUCGGAUUGAGGAAGAACGGAAAAAAGAAGCCGAAUUAUUACAAAAGCGGAAACAAAAGAUAAAAAUUGAAGAUGUCGAGGACUUCGAUUUUGACGCUGACAGUGAUCUAUCGGCUAGCGAGUCUGAUGAUGAAGACGUCAGCCAGAAAAUGUAUAUGGAGGCGUGUAAAGAAAUGAGACUGACGCCCAUCAAAGCCGUGUAUAAGGCGUUAGACACGGAGAAACUGGCCAUUGUAGGGGUCAUUCUGAAGAAGAAAGAAUCAAAAGCUUGUGCAAUAGGAUUAUUGCGCAAUACUACAAUUGAAACUCUUGUUCUGGAGAGCAAUGAACUUGGUGGUUAUGGUGCUAGAUGUUUUUCAGAUGCAAUAUCCCGAAAUGAAUUCCUCACAGAAAUAGUAAGGGACAACUUGUUCAAUAAAUCUGUUAAUAGGCUUUGUAUAACAUAUUCUAAAUAUGAAUAUGUUCGUCGACUCGAUUUAAAAGGAAAUGGUUUUUAUGAGGAAGACGCAAAAUAUUUUAAAGAUAUGCUUGAUGAAAACCAUGCUUUGAGGGAGCUUUACUUAAGUCACAAUAAAUUUCAAGAAGUCGGAGGAGAAAUUUUCGCUGAUGGCUUAGGCAACAACGAUUUUCUUCGAGUCCUUGAUCUUAGCUGGAAUCAUUUACGCAUGCGUGGUGCAAUGGCAAUAGGGGCUGCUUUACAGGUAAACCGACAUUUAGAAAAACUAGACAUUUCAUGGAAUGGUUUUCACAUCCGCGGUGCUCUCACUUUAUCUAAAGCAUUGGAGAUUAACACCACACUAUUAGAGCUGAACUUAAGUUGUAACAGACUAUCAGAUGGAUGUAUUCAAAUCUUAGUGAAUGGACUUAAGAAGAACUCAACAUUAAAAGUCCUCAGAAUUGCACAAAAUCAGAUAUAUCCACCUGGUGCUUAUAAAAUUCUUGAAAGUAUAGAGAACACCCCAAGCAUAGCAUUGGAGAUGUUAGAUCUAGGGGAUACACCGGUGAUGGAUACAUUUGAAAACCUCUACAAAAAGCUUCAGGAGAUCAGGAAACCCUUCACAGUUAUAUACGGCAUGGUGUGGGCCACUGAUCGUCAAUCAUUGGCCAGCUCUGACCAAGAUCCGGAAGAGGAGGAUCUCCUUAACGAAGAUCCUCUGCUGGUUCUGUUUGAGUAUGCGCGGUUACAAAACUUCCGGUUGUUAGACAUGUUUAAACAGCUUGAUACAGACAAUAGUGGAUCACUGGAUAGGGAGGAAUUUUCCAAAGGACUCGCUCAAGUAAAUAUUCCCAUGAAUAGAAGAUCAUUAAAUAAACUGAUAGACGUGAUGGACAAGGAUGGAGACGGAGAAAUCGACUUUGGUGAACUGAUGGCAGCACAACAGAAGCAUAAACUGUUGCUUAAGACCUACAUGAAAGGCGAGCGUCCCGUAGAGGAGACUGAAAUUGGCCGAAUAGACAGAUUGCUUCGGAAAGUCAUGUAUAAAAGAUUUCUUAUGCGCAAAUUUUAAAAAUGCACUUA